AGUCUGGCGCUCGACACACGCGUGUAAUCCCCGUUUAAAUGUAAAACUUUAGUCUGCAUUUGCUGACGACAAAAUUGGAUGUACUAUAGCGUUUUGAUGCAACUUGAUCGGAUUCAUUGUUUUUGAAAAUGAAUUAGGAUUUGUUUUUCACAUGAAAGUGUGUGGCCCCGCACUGUGUUCUGGUGCCUCCCAUGUCCUGGCCUGCUAAGCCUCGUGUCUCCUCACUGGGCCUGGGCAAUAGCUGAACCAGGGCCGCUGCUGGUACUACUGCUGCUGGUACUGGUACCGCUACUUGUACUGGUGGUGGUGGGUGUCCCAACCCGGGGGCCUGGAGGAGCCCUGUCGACCUCCCAGCCACACGAAGAUGAACAAACUGACCGGCUUCCACAAUAACAAAGCUAUGCAGGACCGCCGCUGUGUCUGUGUCUUUCUCCCCAAUGACGACACGCUUAACGUCAUCGUCAAUGUGAAGACUUUGUGCCAGGAGCUGCUCAUCCAGGUGUGUGACCUGCUCCGACUGAAGGACUGUCACCUGUUUGGACUCAGUGUCAUUCAGAACAAUGAGCAUAUCUACAUGGAGCUGGGCCAGAAGCUGUCCAAGUACUGUCCCAAGGAGUGGAAGAGAGAGGCAAGCAAGGGCAUCGACCAGUUUGGGCCUCCCAUGAUUAUCCACUUCAGGGCUCAGUAUUACGUUGAGAAUGGGAGAUUAAUAAGUGACCGCUCGGCCAGGUACUACUACUACUGGCACCUGAGGAAGCAGGUGUUGCUGUCUCAGUGUAUCCAGAGAGAGGAGGCUUACUUUCUGCUGGCAGCCUUCGCCCUCCAAGCCGAUAUGGGCAACUUCAAACGCAACAAGCACUUUGGGAAGUACUUUGAACCUGAGGCCUACUUCCCCCCAUGGGUGAUAGCCAAGCGAGGCCGGGACUACAUCCUGAGACACAUCCCCAACAUGCACAAAGACCAGUUUGCCCUCACCGCCUCCGAGGCUUAUCUCAAAUACAUCAAGGAGUGUUCCCUUCUGGAUGAUGUCACAGUCCACUACUACAGACUCUAUAAGGACAAAAAGGAAGUGGAGGCUUCUCUUACCUUAGGACUGACCCUGCGUGGAAUCCAAAUAUUCCAGAACAUGGGGACAGUGAGACAGCUCUUGUAUGAUUUUCCCUGGAGCAACGUGGGCAAACUGGUAUUUGUGGGGAAGAAGUUUGAGAUCCUGCCUGAUGGUCUUCCGUCAGCCCGUAAGCUGAUCUACUACACCGGUUGUCCCCUGCGUUCCCGCCACCUCCUGCAGCUGCUCAGUAACAGCCAUCGCCUCUACAUGAACCUGCAGCCUGUCCUCAAACAGGUCCGCAGGCUGGAGGAAAACGAAGAGAAGAAGCAGUACCGUGAGUCGUACAUCAGCGAUGCGUUGGAGCUGGAUAUGGACGGGCUGGACAAGCGUUCCCGGGCCAGCGGUAGCAGUGCCGGCAGCACUGUGUCUCACCUCAAACACCUGUCUCGCCACUCUACCGCCAGCCACGGUAGCUCACACACCUCGGGCAUCGAGACAGACAGUUUCCGGGCCCCCGGAGGGACCCCACACCGAGCCCUAAGGACUUGCAGCUCCUCAACGAUUAGCCAUGGGAGCUCACACACCUCAGGGGUGGAGAGUGGGGGAAAGGAGCGCAUGUUGGACGAUGAUGAGAUUGAGAUGUUAGUGGAUGACCCUAAAGACUAUGAGGAGCUCCAUGAGCUGGCCCUAGAGUUGAACCAGGACCUGUGCAUCCACAUCACUGAGGACAUGCUGACCAUGACCCCUGACCAGAACAAUGGAUACCCAGGGCUCAUAGUGAAGGACGUCGGCUCAUCCACCUCCAGUUCCUCUGAGACCGUGGUCAAGAUGAGAGGCCAGAGCAUUGUGUCUCUCCCUCAGACUUCCAUGUGCAAGAAGCCUCAGACGUCAACUGACCGCCACAGCCAAUCCCUUGAUGACGUGCGUCUCUACCAGAAGGGCUGUCUCCAUUGGGCGGAGCUAUGCCAGGACACCGCCCACAGCUACACCUUCGGCUGCGCCCAGGAGCUGAGCGACAGCAGUGGUUACCAGGGCAACCUGGCCGAGCAGUGCGCCGGUAUCCGCGGUGACCAGCUUGACUGCUUCCCCAUCAAGAGGACCAGCAAGUACUUUUCCCUGGACCUGACCAGCGAAGAGGUCCCAGAGUUUGUGGUGUGAUGGCCGAACAGGGGGAGACAGGGAUGAGGAGGAAUGGAUGAGGCAGAAAGGGUGACCUCAAGACCCCUGCUCCCCUGCCUCCACAUCUCAGAUUUGGAGGUGCCUCAGGAAACUGAAUGGGACGAGAGAAGAGGGUUGGGGGUUUGGAGAGGUGAUACUUGGUUGUCUUUCUAUUGCCCUAACCUGUCAGCCAUAACCUGUCAGCCAUAACCUGUCAGCCAUAACUGUCAGCACCAGACUUGGGAAGAGUCAGAUGGACUGUAAAAUCCACCAGACUGACAUCACCAGUCAACAUAACCAUGUAACCACCUGAGACGACAUACAUAACACACUACAGAGACAAAUAACUGACAGUGAAAGCCCUUUGAGGUAUUUUUCUUGCCAAAAUGGCAAUAAAUAAAAAAGGAUCAACCUUUGCUGGGUUUCAAGAAAACCCAUCUGCGCCUUUUAAUUGGACCGAUGCUGGUUGGGAAUGGAGUGUAAAAGGAAAAGUAAGGGAAUGUCGAAAUAUCUCACCAUCACUUUUUUAUUCAAACAACCUCUGACUGUCUGCGUUUCCAAAGCAUGUACUCGCUCCAGAUGUUUUCUGGAUCUGAUUCUUGGGCUUGCGAAUAGAAAUAAUACUUAGUUCGCACAGAAAACAAAAACAAACGUUCUGAUGUUAACACACUUGCGUGUGCCUACUUCAACUUUACUAAUGCAGUGCAAACAAACAAACACACACACAGCGAAGAUAUCAAAAUAUUCUGCCAUGGAGAGUAGAUCCCACUCUCCUUUCCCUACAGAAAGAAGGGAACUCUCAUUGAUAGUCAAGCUAGAUGUGCUAUGAACCAAAGACAAGUUACACUAAGCACGAAAAGAAAAGCCACUUGGCUCCAAGUCCUCAUGUCCACAUGAUUAUUAUUUUAGUGUGCAACCAACCAAACAAUGAAAUGAUACAGCCUCCUGAAUCCAUGACAGGAUAUGACAUCACCAUGCGCAGGUUCUGUAUCGUUUCAGAAUCUAGAGGUUGAUCCAGAGGAGGGAAUUUGGAUUGGUCUCAGAGUAUUUUAGAACAAGGAACGCUAAUGAUGUCCUUGUUCUCACGUGUCUCCCUUCCAUCCCUCUGUCUCUAGUAUGAAGUAUGUAUGAUGUGACAUAAUCUGCGAGCCCAGAACCAAAUCCAGCGUGCGCUAGUCUGUCACAAGAGAUUAGAAGUGACGCGCCUCCGCUCCUCUCUUUACAAGGAUGUGCAAUGUGUCAACAGUUCCCCUGUAGAGUUGUGUCCUAGUGUAGCGACGAGACUGAUAUUAUGAACACACCCAACGUGCCUUCAUCACCUAUGCAGGCCCUGAACCACAACCAUGCCUUGACAAUCAAUCACAGCUUCUCACUAAGCAAUGCAACACUCCCACAUGAGUCACAGAGAUCAGUUUUAAGUCAUAAGGUCAAUUUUAAGCUCUUCAUCUGUAACUUUAUUCUUGGUCAGCAGUACAUUGGUAUUUAAAGGCCCAGUGCAGUCAAAAAAACAUGAUUUUUCUGUGUUUUUCUAUACAUUGCCACACUAUGAUGAUAUACAGAUGAAAUACUGUGAAAAUGCCCUUUUAGUGUAAGCUGUUUGAAAUUAAUGCCUAAUAUUUUAGCCUGUUUUGGUGUGAUGGAGUUUUAGCCUGCCUGGUGACAUCACCAGGCGGUAAAUUAGUUAACAGACCAAUAAGAAAGAGUACCAAACCUCUGCCAAUAACAGUUAGUUUUCCCCUCCCCACUCAGAACACUCACAGACAGUCCUAGCAAAGUUAUUGUUCUUCGCUAAGAAGCUAUUUUUGUUUAUUUUUCACCAUUUUAACUGAAAACAGUAAGCUACUUAACUGUUACCCAGAAAUGAUUUGAUAUUGAGAUAAAAAUGGUUGCAUUGGACCUUUAAUCAUUGACUUCAGAGUUUAAACAUCGUUAUUCAAACAGUUUUAGCAGAUUAACCAAUAAUCAAUGAAGGGGAUUACCCUAAUGUCAUCUACCAUCCCUAGCCUAGCUUUAUGUUAAAUGUGUCACUUAUUUAAAUCUGUGGUAGUUAGGUUCCUGUCAUGUGAAAUGUAGCCCAGAUGACGUCAUGGGCUGGUUCAAGACUUCCCGACUACAUCAUUGGCUGUGCCAGGUCUGAUGCUUGGGGCAGGAUGAGUUUCUACAUGCCCUCGCCUGUCUGUCUGUGUACAGAGCUGAGGAAAGCUUAGAUGUAAUCUACACACACACACACACACACACACACACACACACACACACACACACACACACACACACACACACACACACACACACACACAAUGGAGCUGGGUUGGCUUUAGGCCAGCUAUGAAACUGACAUUUUCACUUUGUUCUUUCUAUAUGUUGGUAGUUUUUUUUAUUUUUUUCACUCGGCUGUCUUUGUUAGUCCUUAAAACUGUCUUUUGUUUGUUUUGUCUCGAUAAUUAUUUUAAAUUGGAACUUGUUACAUUUGUUUCUUUCAUUUUAUAAUUUUAGCUGAUUGGAAGUAGAAAGUGUAAUAUUUUUAGUAUGGAGUGUUUUAGAACAGUGAGAUUCGUUGUAUAUGUUGAAAAGGUAUUCUUUGUGUGGAGUUGGUGUGUGUCAGUAUUAUAAGCAAAGUACACUCACGGGAGAGUUUAUUAGGUACACCCAUCUAAUACCGGGUCAGACCCCCCUUUGCCUCCAGAAGAGCCCAAAUACUUUGGGUGUCGGAAACAUUCCACAGAUCGGAAGGUGGUACAUUUAUGCUGCAAACAGCCCGUUCCAACUCAUCCGUGACAAGGAUCGACGAGUUGUGCACACCUCUGUUGUUGUACUGCGCCGUUAUUUAUCUGUUUGUGGCCCGCCUGUUAGCUUGCACAAUUCUUGCCAUUCUCCUUUGACCUCCGGCGUCACCGAGCUGUUUUCGCCCACAGGACCUCCGCUGACUGGAUGUAAAACCCUAGACGCCGUGAUGUACCUAAUGAACUGUCCGAGGAGUGUAUGUGACAGUGUUACUUACAACCCUGUGACACCAAAUUCACUUAUUUUCAAUAUUGGGCCACUUUUUUUACCCGGGUGUAGUCGUGAUUUCAACGUACAGUAGCUGAAGAACAUUGAUAACAAUCUGUUUAAUUGGCCAAGAGGCAAGGUGUGAAACCCAACACUUCACAAAUAUAAAGUUAGAUUUCUUAUACAUUACUUUCCUUUAAGGUGUGGAAACAGACAAGACUGCCCUCUCUUGCCUCUUUUAUUCGCUAUCGUCAUAGAGAUUUCUUACUAUUAAAUCUCCGAACCGUACCUACUCAAUGUAAAUUGAAUCUAGCGUUUGUCUUCCAAAUUUGUUUUACAUUUUACAGUACUUUUGCAUUUCUACCCCAGUCAGUAAACCUUAUUGAAAAGACAGUUUCAGUGACCUCCUCAUUUUAUGUGUAGUGAUAGUACAGUAGGCAUGUACAGUUGAAUUCCAAACCUCAUUCACAUGGUUUAAUAUUGCUAGAGUAAUGAACAAAACAAAUUACUACUUCAUUAUGUACUUGGAAUUCAAAACUACUGUGUGCCUCAGUUAAGCAAUAAUUUGUUAGUGUGGAUCAAAAUUCUAGCUGAGCUUUUCCAUUGCUGCUCCAGUGAUCUUGUAGAACAUUCUAGAGCCCUCUAAAAAAACUUCUAGAACCUUUAGAAUGUUUCAAAAGCAGCUCUGCUGUGGUACAGUGGAGAGACCUGACAUUUUCACUUCUCUUCACUGCUGGUCUCAUCAGCUGGACACGUUGGCCUAGAAUACUGAGCAUGGCAUCUUGGCCUAGAACCACAGAGCAAAGCAUCUUGGCCUAGAAACACAGAUCAGGCCAAUAAUAAUAAUAAUAAUAUAUGCCAUUUAGCAGACGCUUUUAUCCAAAGCGACUUACAGUCAUGUGUGCAUACAUUCUACGUAUGGGUGGUCCCGGGAAUCGAACCCACUACCCUGGCGUUACAAGCGCCAUGCUCUACCAACUGAGCUACAGAAGGACCACCCUUCUGCCAAGGCAGCAAGAAACAAUUGUUGGAAAGAAAUGUGUAAUAAUUAAUACACUUACGAAUUUGAUAUCGUUGUGUGAUUUCAAAGCAAAAAUUAACGCUGUAACAGUUUAUUUCCAACAAGAUGUUACUUAUUAUUUCUACUCAUUAAUAUUGGGUAUCUGAGAAACAGAAAGAAGGUUGUUCACAUUUUGAAAUUAAUCGUUUUCUGGUAGAUUAUUGGUGAUAUAUUAACCCAGAGUGUGUCUAGGUACAUAGCCAUAAAAACAGAACCACAACCUGAAAACUUUUGCAUUCGGAUAAACUCUACUCUGGUGACUUAGGCUACAGUGCAUAUCAUAAGUAUUCAGCCCCCAUGGAUUUCUUCAAAAUUGAUUGUUGUCAAUGAUCUACACAAAAUACUCAUGUACAUUUGAAUUAACGGAAAAUAGGACACACAUAUACGCUGAGUGUACAAAACAGAGCACCUUCCUAAUAUUGAGUUUCACCCUGUUUUUCCCCCUUCAGAACAGCCUCAAUUUGCUGGGCAUGGACUCUACAAGGUGUCAAAAGCGUUCCACAGGGAUGUUGGCCCAUGUUGACUCCAAUGCUUUCCAUAGUGCUGUCAAGUUGGCUGGAUGUCCUUUGGGUGGUGGACCAUUCUUGAUACACAUGGGAAACUGAUGUGUGAAAAACUCGUCAGCGUUGCCGUUCAUGAUGACACACUCAAACCAGUGCGCCUGGCACCUACUACCAUACCCCAUUCAAAGGCUCUUUUGUCUUGCCCAUUCACUCUCUGAAUUGCACACGUUCACAAUCCAUGACUCAAUUGUCUCAGAUCGUUCUUUAACCUGUCUACUCCCCUUCAUCUACACUGAUUGAGGUGGGUUUACCAGGCAACAUCAAUAAGGGAUCAUAGUUUUCAACUAUGUCAUGGACAGUGUGUCUUGAUUAGAUAAAUAUGUAACUUCCCUGAGUCAAUACAUGUUAGAAACACCUUUGGCAGCGAUUGCAGCUGUGAGACUUUUUGGGUAAGUCUCUUAGACCUUUGCACACCUGGAUUGUGCAAUAUUUUCACAUUAUUAUUUCAAACUUCUUCAAGCUCUGUCAAGUUGGUUGUUGAUCAUUGCUAGACAGCCAUUUUCAAGUCUUGCCAUUAGCUUUUCAAGCAGGUUUAAGUCAAAACUAACUAGGCCACUCAGGAACAUCUUGGUAAGUAACUGCAGUGUAGAUUUGGCCUUGUGUUUUAGGUUACUUUCCUGCUGAAAGAUUCAUUUGUCUCUCAGUGUCUGGUGGAAAGAAGACUGAACCAGGUUCCUCUCUAGGAUUUUGCCUGUGGCUAACUCCAUUCUGUUUAUUUUUAUCCUGGAAAAACUCCCUAAUCCUUGCCAAUGACAAGAAUACCCAUAACAUAAUGCAGCCACCACCAUGCUUGAAAAUAUGGAGCAUAGUACUUGGCGAUGUGUUGCGUUGAAUUUGUCCCAAACAUAAAACUUAUUCAGGACAAAAAGUCCUUUGGCACAUUUGUUGCAGUAUUAAUUGUUUAGAGCCUUUUCACUCUGUCAUUUAGGGUAGUAUUGUGGAGUUACUGCAAUUAAACAGCCUUUAAACGUUGUUACUUUUUUAAAAAUGGCCUCAUGGUGAAAUCCCUGAGCUGUUUCCUUCCUCUGCUGGCAACCCCGUUAGGAAGGACACCUGUAUCUUGGGUGUAUUGGUUCACCAUCUAAAGCUUAAUUAAUCACUUUACCAUGCUCAAAGGGAUAUUCUGUGUUUACCUUUUACUCAUCUACCAAUCUGUGUCAUUCUUUGUGAGUCAUUGGAAAAGCCCCCUUGUCUUUGUGUUUGAAUCUGUGCUUGAAAUACACUACUCGACUGAGAGACCUUACACAUAAUUGUGUGUGUGGGGUAGUGAUAAAAAUGUACUAACAAAUCACAAUUAUAUCCAGUUCAAUCCCACUUUGUUAACUCAACAAAAUGUGAAAAAAAAUCCAAGGGUGUGGUGGGGGUGAAUGCUUAUGAUAUGCACUGUAUAUACACGGCCAUACUGACACCGAGUAAGUGUCUGUGUGUCUGCACUAAGUAUCCAUAGUCCUUUCUGUGAAAGGAUCUCCCUUCAGGAAAAACAUUUUUUUGGGUCAAACCCUGUAGUAGUGAAAAUGUUUUGUUAAUAUGAAGUCUGGGGCGUGCCGCCUUGGUAAUAAUACCCAUAACAAUAUUCAAUAAAAAGGUACAUUUAUUUGCCAAAA